GGCGGGCGGGCGGAAGCGGCCGGGAGCAGCGGGUGCGGGUGCGGGAUGGGGGAGGCGAUCGCGCUGGGCGCGCCGGUGCCGGUGGAGCAGGCGGUGCUGGAGACGUUCUUCUCGCACCUCGGCAUCUUCUCCUACGACAAGGCCAAGGACAACGUGGAGAAGGAGCGCGAGGGCAACAAGAGCGCGGGCGGCAGCUGGCUGGCCCUGCUGGCGGCGCUGGCGCACCUGGCGGCCGCCGAGAAGGCGUACCACAGCAUGGCCUUCCUCGGGCAGAAGCUAGGUGGUCAGUCAUUCUUCAGCCGAAAGGACUCCAUCCGAACCAUCUACACAUCCCUGCACAAUGAGCUGAAGAAGGUGGUGGCGACGGGUCGCAAUGCACUAGGAGGAACAGCUCCUCACUUGGAAGAGCUGCUUUCUCACCUGUCUGAACAGCUCUGUUUUUUUGUUCAGGCUCGGAUGGAAAUUGCUGACUUCUAUGAAAAAAUGUACACGCUCAGCACCCAAAAGUUCAUUAACUCUGAGGAACUGGUAAACAUUUUGGAAUCCAUCUUAAAGAAAUACAGCUCAAGAUUCCAUCAUCCAAUCCUCAGUCCUCUUGAAAGCAGUUUCCAGCUGGAAGUAGAUGUGCUUGCACAUCUCUUAAAGGCUCAGGCUCAGAUCUCAGAGUGGAAGUUCCUUCCAUCCCUGGUCAACUUGCACAGCGCUCACACAAAACUACAGACGUGGGGCCAAAUUUUUGAGAAACAGCGAGAGACCAAGAAGCAUCUGUUUGGAGGGCAGUCUCAAAAAGCAGUACAACCUCCACACCUCUUCCUCUGGCUGAUGAAACUCAAAAACAUUCUCCUUGCCAAGUUUAGCUUUUACUUUCACGAGGCCCUUAGUCGACAAACAACAGCAUCUGAAAUGAAAACUUUGACUGCAAAAACAAAUCCUGAUUACUUUGGGAAAAUUUCCAGUUUCAUUCGGAAAUAUGAUGCUGUCAAUGUUUCCUUGAUUUUUGACAAUCGUGGAUCGGAAAGUUUUCAGGGACACGGUUAUCAUCACCCCCAUUCUUACAGGGAAGCCCCCAAAGGAGUGGAUCAGUACCCCGCAGUGGUGUCUCUGCCCAGCGACAGGCCUGUUAUGCACUGGCCCAAUGUAAUCAUGAUUAUGACUGACAGAACCUCUGACCUCAACAGCUUGGAGAAGGUUGUUCACUUCUACGAUGACAAAGUCCAAAGCACAUACUUUCUGACUCGCCCUGAACCUCAUUUUACCAUCGUAGUUAUUUUUGAGUCUAAGAAGUCAGAAAGGGACUCUCAUUUUAUUUCUUUUCUCAAUGAAAUUUCGCAUUCCCUGAAGAACUCCAAAGCUUUUGCAAGCUUGAAGCCUGGAUCCAAAGGGUAAAAUACAUAAUACAAGUUUUCAAGGCAGAAUGCCAGCCUUGGGGAAAGCUGUAGGCUUCAAGACUUACAUAAAUUAAUGUUUUUUCAGAGUCUAAUUAAAAAGGAACCAUCAUUUUUAAUUAUAUAAGUUCAUUUUUUUUAAGCUAACAGACAUUUAAAAAAAAGUAUUUCUGGUUGUACUUAGUGGGACAACUUAACUGUGGGGUGCUAAAUGGCCACAGCAAGUUUUUUUUUUGUGUGUGUGGUUUUCAACUUGCAGAAUGACUUAUUUUUUCAGUCCACAGCUUUGUUGCCUGUAUCACAGAGGAAUAUGUGCACUUUAUUGUAAUCUGACCUAUAGAAUUUAUUGAAAAUGCUAUGAGGGUGGAAAAUACUAUCUUCAGAAAACCGUGUUGCCUGACAGGAAUUAUUUCUGGGAACUAUACACUGAUAGAAGGGAAUAUUAAAAUGUGUGAACCUGCAAGAACACAUUUUAAAUAAAAAUACAUGCAUCAUAAAAAUACUCUGAA